AUGGCUACGGCAAAGGAUGUGCAGUCACUCCUUCGCUUCCUGACUCAAGAUGCUAGGCUUCCUCUCGCCGCUGCCAUGGGCAAGAUCAAGGACCUCCAGAAGGCCAAAUUACUCAACCCAGACGAUAUCUCCAAAGCCAAGUUGGCAACAGUUCAAUUAGUUUUCACAGAGGAUAAAACUGCAAAACAAGUUUGGAAUGCGGCAAAGAGGGUAGUCAAGAAGCGAUUGGCAGCUGAGAAUGACCCGCAAAUGCCGUCUGCUCCAUCGCCGUCGAAGAAACGGAAAGCAUCAGCAGCGGAACUUGAUCUCACUCCCCAGCAGAUCGAAGCAUCAUUGGCACUCCCUAUGAGCACUGAUCUAGACAAAAUUUCCGAAACGGCAAUUAUCAUUAACCGAGCCCCGCUUGUGUUGGCAUUUGCAGUCAUAUCGUUGAAGUAUACAAUGCCCGAGCAGCCCUUAUCUAGCAGGCUGAGCCUCGCCCAGGCCGUGGUGAGCGCGAACAGUCGUACGAAAGCUAGCAGUAUCGGGAUCGACUCUACUCCAAGCGCCGAGGACGAAGGAUGGGCCAAAGGCCAACCUACGGUCAGGGUCUUGGGGAGAAGUAUCAGCGUCCUUCGACGAAUAGGGUACGACUGGAAAGGCGACAGAGCUAAAUCAUGCGAAGAGUUUGAUAGCAAGAAUAUAGAGAGUAGCGAUUCCCCGCAUGCCGAGAAAGGCUACCCUGUACCCAGGGCCAAUGUGCUGUCACGGAAACAAAACAGUGACGACGACAAUCUCCCAGCCCUAUGGGGCCUGGACUUGGAAAGCCUCCGGAAAUCGAGUGAUGGCCGUUACGGUAGACAUGGUGGUGGGUACGACAGCCAGAGAAGCCGUAACGCGCACCUCCCUGUAUACAGGGCCGAGUCAGCUCGAGAUUACCUACUGCGAGCGUUCAGCACCCAUAAUCCCGGCACGAAGAAAGACAGCGACUCUAUGCCCGCCAAGGAGAUGACUCUUGGCCUGCUACUUGGCGCAAUCGAUCAUGUUUGUCAGUCGUGGGCGUCGAAGCUGAGUAAGGACGAAUUAGACAGGCGAGCCUGGUGUUGGUAUGUGGCCGUUCGACCAGAGGUGGAAAAUGGCAUUGCAGGAUGGGGCCAGAAAGGAACGGUCCGUUUAUCCGCAAUCCUUGACUUGGGCGUAGCAAGGUGA